AUGGAGGCGCGCUACUGUCUUGAGGCAGGUGGUGGGAGAACAGAAGCCGCUACAGCCAUUGGACUUGGAUCCGCUAACAUAUCUGUCCUAAUCCAUAGGAUGCCGAUGGCAACUACCAUGGGCGCCGCAGCUGGCAUCUUCGCCAUCUUCUUCCUUGGAGAUGUUCCGCGAAUCCGAGAAGAUAUCCUCAUGAACAUUCCUGUCAUUGGAAGCUACUGGGAUAGAUCGAUUGCUCCCGAGGACAACGUACGUCUCUUUCCUAUCCCCUGGCCGUUAUUAGUUUUAACUUUCACAUUAUUCUUAUUUGAUGCUGACGAUUUGAUGUUCCAAUAG